GCUAAAACUUGCCUGGAGUCCGCGGGAACUUCCGCGUCGGAAUCGCCUUUCCAAGUCUGAGAGCGCCAUGGGUACCUCAGGUAUGCUGGUGCGUCUCGGAAGGCGCUGUGGACGGGCAAAGGAAAGCACAGAAGUAAAGAACUGUGAAGAAGAUCAAGUCCUCUAUCCACCUCUUCUGCCUAGCAAAGUAGAUCUCCGGCAGGUCACCAUAAUUCCACACAAUGAGUGGGAAAGGAUUCGAGAUAGCCUUAACAGUUUGACAAGAGAAGCAGCACACCUUCGUGCAGAAAGAAAGGCAAAGAAAGAAAUGCAUUUCCGAUCCCAAGAAGUGGUAAAACACUGGACUAAUACAUAUGCAGGGAUGAAAGAACAGAAACUUGAAGCCAAAAAGAAACGUGAUAAAGAAAUAAAGGCAGAAAGACAAAUUCUUGAUGUGGAAGAAGCAAUACACAAACAAGGAGAAAGGAAAAAGGCCAUUGAAUAUGCAAAGCAAUAUCAAUUUUACCAGACAGAAAGAGUGAAAAACUUUCAUUCAGGACUUCUUCUUAGUAGAGUUUUGAAAGAACGUGAUGCACAGAUUGAAUUCCAAAAGAGUAAAAUAAAAUCAGAUAAAAAAUGGGAGGAACAAGUGAAACUCAACGUUGAAAAAGCUUUUAAAGAAGAACAAGAAAAAGCAGAGAAACAACGUAGAGAUAGAGUGGCUCUUGGCAAAGAUCAUUUAAAACAAAUAAAGGAACAUGAAGAGGAAGAAGAGAGAAGGAGAAAAGAGGAAGAAAAGGAUGCUGAGGAAAUAAAGCGACAGAAUUCAUUAUAUGAAAUAGAAAUGAAAAAAAAAAGAGGAAAGAAAAAAGAAGAGAUCAAUGAAAGCAGGAGACUAUUUUUUGAACAUUUGAAUGAUAAAAAUACCAUCAAAGCUGUAGAACGGCAGCAGCAAGAGGAAGAAGAUGAAAAGAUUAGAAAAUUUAUCAAAGCAAAAAAGCGUCUUACACAAAUGGGGAAAGAAAAAGAAGCUGAAACACACAGGCUAAUGGAGGAACGGAGAGAAAGAAUAAAUAACUUCCUGAGUAAACUAAUGAAAGAGAAAUUUGACAAUGAAGAUUUGAUUAUUGCUAGAGAUAUUGCAGAAGCUGAGGCUGAAUGGGAAAAAAGAGAAAGAGAAAAGUAUGAAAAAAACAAAGCAGAAUUAAAAGCAAUUGCAGAACAUAGAGCUCUUGUGAUAAAAAAUAAAGAGGAAGAAGAAAGACAAAGAAAAAUAGAGGCUAAAGAACAAUUGCUAGCUAUCCUGAAAGCGGACCAGAUUUUCUGGGAGCAUGAAAAGGAGAAAAAACGGAAAACUGAUAAAGAACGUCGAGAAGUUCAAGAUGCCCAUAUUCAGCAAAUGGCCAAAAAUAAAUUUAAUGCACUGAAAGCAAAACAAGGAGAAUUAGAGUACUGCAGACUUACUGAAGCUAUUGUGGCUGAAAAGGAGAAGGAAUUUCAGGAUUACGCCAGAGAAGUAAUUGAAUCUGAGUCUGAAUCAACAAACAAAUAUAUUUAUCCUCUUGUAAAAGCUGUACAGGAAGGACCUGGAGGUGGUCGUGGACCAGUUUUUGUGGAGAGAGGUGUAUUAAGACCCAGCUAUCAGGCAAAUGAUAGCACUGGAGUCCAGCUCCCUUUUUAUACCUCUCUGGGAACAAAAUAUAAUAAUUUUCAAAAGUCUAAGGGAAGGCUAGGUUUUACAUGGUAGAAAAAAGUUAAUUUUUAAGAAUACUAAGUCAUAGCUAAUAUUAUGAGCUACAAGAGCUACAAAAUUCAAGUGAAUUAUAUGCUUAUAAUUUGUUAAUAAAGCUGCUUUUCAUCUAAGUACAAUUACGUCUGAUCUAAUUGAUUCUUCCCCACUCAAGAUUAAGUCAGAUUCCAUU